UGGCAAGCAGAAGCUUAAAGAUCAUCUGAUUGAUGAGAUGGACUACAAGCUACUGCCAGAAGAUAUUUGGGACUACAUUGUCACCAAUUAUGGUAUUUCAGAAGGACAAGAGCCUAUCUCAAGAGCUGUGGUCGAUGUAGGACAAUUUGCUGGUCAUUUGAAAGUGGAGGUAUAUCUGAUGGAGAUUGAACUGUGCAAGGAUUUCAAUCUGAACAAGACUAUAUCACAUCGAUUUAGCAGAAAAGAAAAAACAUCGACUCUCCAUUCAGUUGCAAGAACAGUAUUUGAGAUUCCAAGUAAUGUCACAAGUCAACUUUGGACCUGCAUAUCAGAGACCUCAUACAAUCUUAUUAAGGAUUCAGAUUCAACUUUGCAAGAUGAAAUGAUAUUUCCCAGCUGUGUUGUUAUUUUAGACACUCAGCAACCAGAUGGAAAUUUUGCAAGUAAAGAACACAUGAAAAAGUUGGAUAUCCGAGAACCAAUGGGCCGGUCACCAAUCUUGAAGGAAACAAAUAAAAAUACUGCCAUCCCCCUGCCUGCUCCUGAUACACCUUCUACUAGUCCACCCAUGACAACAAGAUACAGCAUACAGCAUAGUGUUAGCGUCACUACAGGCUUAUGUGGCCUUUCUAACUUGGGUAACACAUGCUUUAUGAACAGUGUAUUACAGUGUAUGAGUAACACUCCUCCAAUCACUGAUUAUUUCUUAAAUGAUCAUCAUCACCAGGAUUUAAAUGUAGAUAACCCCCUAGGAAUGCGAGGGGAAAUUGCUAAAUCCUUUGGAGAACUUAUCAAAGUAAUGUGGAGUGGUACAUCUAGUACUGUGCCCCACCACUUCAAGCUGCAAGUGUCCAAGUUUGCUCCCCAAUUCUCAGGCUAUCAGCAGCAUGAUGCUCAAGAACUCCUCACCUUCCUUUUGGAUGGAUUGCACGAAGAUUUAAAUCGUAUUCAUGACAAACCAUACAUUAAGCAGAGAGAUUCUGAUGGCAGACCUGAUGAGGUUGUGGCAGCUGAAGCUUGGUCAAACUACAAGAAAAGAAAUGAUUCUAUAAUUGUUGAAUUGUUCCACGGGCUUUUGAAAUCUACUGUUUGGUGUCCCCGCUGUAAAAUAACAUCAGUCACCUUUGACCCAUCUUGCUACUUGUCAUUACCCUUACCCACCAAGCUAGAACGUCAUGUUGAAGUUUUGUUUUUUCCCUAUACUGGAGAACAGAAACCAACACUUUAUAAGGUGCAAGUCCCUCAAAGGGCAAGGAUGGAGGAUGUUUUCAUAGGACUCCAUAAACUUACAAAUUAUCCAGUUGAUCAAAUGAUUGCCACAGAAGUUUUCAAACAUCACUUUCAAAGAAUUUUCGACUCAACUGAUACUGUUGACACGUUUGCUGAUGACCGUGAGAGAUUGCAUGUCUAUCUGAUUCCGGUCUCUAUUCAUGACAAAAAAUAUGUAUCUCUUCCUGUGUGCCAAUGGGAGCUUGAUGCUAGAAAAGAAUUUGCCAAUAAUCAGUUGUUUGGGUUGCCAGUAUUUGUUGUUGUGCCACGCAAUGGCUGCACCUAUACCCAACUGUUCAAUGCUAUUUUGAAAAGAAUGGCUCCUUUCCUGAACAUCACUGUCACAUCCAAUCCUACCUACAAGAGUUUUGAUGAUGAUGCUGUGCAUCACAAUGGUAGUAUGAAGGACUCCGAAGAUGAAGAUGAAGAUAGUGAUGGAAAGCCGCCAAAUAAUGAUGGUCUAGAGCCUAUGGAUGUUCAUGUAGAAUACUCUGGUUCUAGUGGUUUUGAGUUUGACCAUGCAGAAGAAGACUGGGACAGAGAUGAUGAUGAACAGAAGUACACCAAUGGAGAUUCAUCAAACCAAAGUUCAUCUUUCCGAGUUUUUAUUGUGAAUAACCAUAGAAUUCAAAGUGUUGCAUCUCCCGACAUGGAUACAAAAGUUAUCCAUUUUCCAGAUUCUUUAGGGAGACAGUUCCUUGUUGUACAAUGGACCUCAGCAAGCCGCCAGACAUACUUCAAGGAAUCGGCUGCCCGAGACUUCGAUAAACAUGAAAGUCUUCACAGUACAAUGAGGCCAAAUGGAGUUGAUUUGAAAGACUGUUUAACUCUUUACACAAAUACUGAGAAAUUAGAUGCUUCAGAAGCUUGGUACUGUCCAAAAUGUAAGGACCACAUAGAGGCCACUAAAAAGUUUGAUCUGUGGAACCUACCUCGAAUCCUAGUGAUACAUCUUAAGAGAUUCCACUACAAUCGAUACCGCCGAGAUAAAAUUGAUACUACUGUGAACUUCCCUCUCCGUGGUCUUCAGCUGCGCGAUUAUAUUUCAGAUCCACACUAUGACAAAAACACCACCUAUGACCUCAUUGGUGUUUGUAAUCACUAUGGAAAUCUGGCUGGUGGUCAUUAUACUGCGUAUGGACUUAACAAGGUAGAAAAUGCUUGGUAUUUGUUUGAUGAUAACCAUGUUCGGAAAGCAAGUGAAUCCUCUGUUGUGUCGAACAGUGCAUAUGUACUUUUCUAUAUGCGCCGUGAUGCAGAAGAAAUGCAACAAUAGGUAGAAUGAGUGAAAGUGAUUGUGCUAAGUUCUGAAAUCCGAUUGAAACACUUGUGAAUGUGUCCAGUGGGAUUGUGUUACUUAGUGGUGUGCAAGUCAGUGUCAUUUAUAUGGCAACCCUGAAAACUUUGAAGGAAACCUUUUUCAUUAAAAUAUGCUGUGAUAAAACUGAAGGUUUACCCACAAGUCAAGAUUUAGUAACCUGGAAGUCCCCACAAUGAAGACUAAGAUUGAGAGACAAUGUGUGUGCUGUUAUUACAUAUACUUAGUCAUUUUGUUUGACAUUUUGCUAAUUGUACAUCAAUUUUUGUCUUGUGUUCUGUUGACAAACUAACCCUCCUCAGUGAUCAAUAAAGUCACCUUUGCCUGCUAUUGCAGCUUUGUUCUCAAUCACUGUAAACAAGCUUCAUUUGAGUUUUUGUCUAAUGUGCUUUGUUCAUGGCCAUGUAUGCAGCUUCCCUGGGAUCUGGCCCCUUUACCUCUGAUUUAAAUAAAUAUUGUAUUUGGUCUUUACUUUUUCUACAAGAAGCUUCAUGUUCUAGUUUGAAAAACAUAUACAUGUAUCAAGUGUGAAAAAUUGGUAAUAUAUGUAAAUUACAGUUUAUUUUUUAAAUGCCAGCUUCUGAUAUUAGCUUGAAGCUGCUCUGAUAUUUUUAAAAAACUGUUACAAACUUACAUAUACAAAAUAAUGUACAAAGUUAUUCUGAGACUUGAGGCUGAGACUUUUGUUUGGAUGAAGAGAACAGCUUUGUUGUGCAAUAGUUGCAAAUUUGUGACCAGGUCUGUGGCAUGGAAAAAGAUGAAGAGGUCAGAACAUAUUAUCUAUUCACUAAUAUGUUAUUUCUUUUUUUUCUUGUUUUUUUUUUCCUUCAAUCUUUACAGAUCUUGUAUUUUGUGGAAAAUGGCAUGUGGGUUUUAUUUAUUGCCUUAUUUAUUUCUUAAUUGCAUUGAUUGUUCCUUUUACCCUGUACUAAGUUUUGGCGAGGUCCGAUUCAAAUUACCUUGUGUUCCACUCUCUAAAGGUGCAGCACCUUCCAGCCUAGCUAGACAGUUGUUCAAUUAAAAUUUUAUUACCUGUAAUUUGGUAGUUUAUAAGUGAUUUUUACUGGUCAUUCUCAACCACUGCUGUAGUACUUCAUUUAAUAUGGGUGUGGCCACUUCAAUGAUUUAAGUAUUUGAAAUGUGUCAAGGUGUAAAAAUUCUUGUUUCUUAGAUUUACUUUAAAUGCCUAAAAUUCUCUUUGGCAUACCACAGGAAAAGACUGUCUCUGUUAAGUGUUAGUGCUAUUCUAUCUUGCAUUCUUAGUUUGUUUUAAUUUGAUAUUGUACUCUUAAGGUAUCUUGGUUUGUUAUCUAUUGUUAAUCAAAACUUACAAACAUGCAAUUUUGUAAAAGUGGUUGUUUAGAUCUAAAUUCCAGUUUUGUUUUGAGUGGUAUACUUAAAGGUGCUCAAGUCUUCAUUAUCUAUGUCGUCCAUCAUAACUUUAAACUUUUUGAUACGUAUUGUGGAAGUCAGACCCACUGUUAGAAUUUGAAAUUAAAAGUUUUUACCUAAAUGUGAUGGUAGUUCUGAAGCUGUAGGUUAUAAAUGACUGCUUGAAUCGAAUAUGUCUUUUAAUACAGAAUUUCUAUACUAGUGCAUGUGGGAUAAUGAGAUGGCUGAAUGAAGGAGACCUCUUUUUUUGAAAUUAUGUUAAGUUUUCCCCUCCUAAUCCCAGUCCAUAACUCUUCUGUUUUUACAUAAUUAUUUUGUUUCUUUUGAAGUAGUAGUUCAGCAUUUUGUUGGUUGCAGUCUAAUUUAUUACCAAUCUAAACUUCUGUGCUCAGCACUGAGAGACCUGUAUGCUCAUUUUCAUCAGAAGAGUUGACACAUUUCAGUGUAAAAUCAAAUGUGCAAAUUAAAGAUUCGGAACAUUUUAA